UAAUUUUACAGGCCGUCAUAUACACCAGGCACAGUCAUGCAUCAUCAAGCUCAUGUAAUGUGCAUUGCACCUUGUCACCCCACCUCAGUUUUGCAUGUGGCUGCAGUUCAGACUGCAGAGCGCUAAUGGUCUGCGCAGAUAGUGCGCUCCAAUUAUUCAGCACUGAUCAAGGAACUUUACUGUGAGGCUAUUUUCCAACCGUCGGAGUAUGAGAGUCAGCAAUUACAGAUACAGUAUACAGUAAACUUGCUUUAUCGUGCAUGUGUAACUUAGAAGAAAGUUGCUCAAAGUUGGUGAAAGUGGAUUACAUGGACUAUGCACUGCGAGUGGAGGAUGAUAAGUGUGUCUGCUGAGCUCUGUUUGCUGGCAUGUUUAAUUCUGACUGUGGACUUGACUUUGGGUUUAGGGCCAAAGAAAGACAUGGAGUUUACAUUUCUAUUAUCUGCCGGCAGCACAGAGUGUUUUUACCAAACUACAGCGAAGAACGACAGCAUGGAAGUUGAAUACCAGGUGAUAGCUGGGUCAGGUCUGGAUGUUGGCUUUGCCCUCAUUUCACCCAGCGGAUACCGGCUGGUCUCUGACUUCAGGAGAUCUGAUGGCAUUCACAUGGUGGACCUCACAGAGGGUGGAGACUACCGGUUAUGUUUCGACAACAGCUUUAGUAAACUCUCAGAGAAGAUGGUGUUCUUUGAAGUGAUUAUUAAUGGUCAGAGUAGUGCAGGCGGAGGCCAAAAUGAGUGGGCGGACGUGGCCACGACAGAGAGCAUGUUGGAGUAUAAACUGGAGGACAUUAAGACGAGGAUGGACUCUGUGUACCAGCACCUGGAGAGGAGCCGUCAGGUCCUCACUGUGCUGCGGGCCUUAGAGGCGAGGGACCGCUACCUUCUGGAGGACAACCUGUGGCAGGUGUCCUUCUGGUCCUGCCUCAACCUGCUUGUCAUGCUCACCGUCGCUGUCACUCAAAUCUACACCCUGCAACGCCUCUUUGAUGACACCAAGCGGGUCUGCACAUAGUCACAACAAAAAAUACCUCCAGCCAAGAGAGUGCAGCACCAGCACAUGCUUAAACUUGAAAAUUUGACCCAAAACCUUUAACAGUCUAUACCCUAACUGACAUGUGCCCUGAGAACCUAACUUAAAGGGAUAGUUCACACUUUUGGAAAACUGAUUCAUCAUUGAUGUUUUGAAUUCCAGUCACAUGGUAGGCUAAUUAUA